UCGAACAUAUAAAAACGUUCGACAGUGUACAGCUGCGACAUCUUGAGCAUGUAAAUAAUAUGUACAAAGUGUAAACUCAUACUUAAUAGUCUUCGAAUUUUUAAUACCAUUAUGGCGGUAUAUAAUGUAAAAGAUUUUUUAUUUGUGUUCGUUAUUAUUUAUUCUACUAUUGUUAAUGGCUUCGCUGUUCCUUUUGAAGGAUUAUACGACUUAGAUAUUAUACAUUACAACGAUUUUCAUGCUAGAUUCGAAGAAACUUCAGUCGCCACCCCAACAUGCCGUUACAAUAAUAAUUCUUGCCUGGGCGGUUUCCCGCGCCUUUACCACGAGAUUCAGGUCCUGUUGAAGGAGAAGCCAAAUGCUAUCUUAUUGAACGCUGGCGAUAGUUUCCAGGGUACUUACUGGUAUACACUGUUGAAAUGGAAUAUUACGCAACUGUUUAUGAACAUGUUACCGCAUGAUGCACAUGCAAUUGGUAACCACGAAUUCGAUGAUGGACCAGCCGGUUUGGCACCAUACCUUGCUGCUCUCAAUGCACCUGUAGUGGCUGCUAACAUGGAUACCUCCAACGAGCCUUCCCUGCAGGGAUUGUACAAACCGCAUAUUGUGGUAGAAAGAAAAGGCAGAAAGAUUGGGAUCAUUGGAUUAAUCACCACUGAUACAGCGAAAUUGUCAUCGCCGGGCAACGUAGUGUUUACUGAUCCGCGAGAAGCAUUAAAACGUGAGGCCAAAGCAUUGACUGACAAAGGCGUGGACAUUAUUGUUUUAUUGUCACACUGCGGCCUCGCCGAGGACAAAGUGUUAGCUCGUGAUUAUGGGCAGUAUAUAGAUAUUAUAGUAGGAGGGCACUCACAUUCGCUGUUAUGGAAUGGAACUGCACCCAGCGGAGAAUUCGUAGCUGGACCUUACCCUAUCUUCAUAGAGAACACUGCUGAUGGAAAGCAAGUGAUGAUCGUACAAGCAUCUGCGUUUACUAAGUACAUGGGAAAUUUGACGCUUUCUUUCGAUUACCGCGGGGAUCUCGUGAAAUGGGAAGGCGGGCCUAUUUUCCUCAACAGAUCCAUAGCUGAAGAUGAAGAAAUCAAAGCUAAAUUAGAACCAUACGCUAAAUUGGUACGCGACGCUGAAGACACUCCUAUUGGUGAAACACGAACUACUCUGAGUGAUCAGGAUUGCGUUUACGGAGAAUGUGCUUUGGGUGACUUGUUAAUGGACGCAUUCAAUGAUUAUGCGAAAAAGAAUGUGGAAUCGAAUUAUAGCUACCUGUCAUUUAUGCAACGUGGUAACAUCAAAGCGCCAAUACCAGAAGGGACUAUAACACAGGGUGUACUAUUUGAGUUAUUACCUUUCAAGGAUAAAGUGCAAUCAUUUGAACUCCAAGGCAAAUAUGUACUCGAGGCAUUGGAGAGGAGCGUCAGCGAGGCAUGGGCAUAUGACCCAUUCAAGGGCCCAUGGGUGUUACAAGUGGCUGGACUAUACGUAACAUACAACAUAUCAAGGCCAGAGGGACAACGAGUGGUAUCAGUACACAUUGGUGAUAAGAAUGGCGUUGAUUUAGACCCUGAGCAGACAUACCAAGUGACUGCAUCUGCGUAUAUAGCUGACGGCGGUGAUGGUUUCGCGAUGUUCAAGAACGGAAAGAAGAAUGUGCAAAUAAUAAGCCGAGAUCAGGUGAUUGUAGAGAAUUACAUCAAAGAAAACUCUCCUCUCAACGUUACUACUGACGGAAGAAUUGUAGUAUUACAAUAGAUAAUAAUAGAGUUCU